AAGAGUCAGUUUGGGUUGAACAAAGGUGGAUGUGGGCGUGCUGCUUAACAAACAAAAGACUGAACAGGAAAAAGAUUUUCAGUUAUUGGAAAGCAGAAAAUGAUCACACACAGUAUAUAAGGUCUCCUCAAGUUUGGGCUUCAACUCUUCAACAUGAUUUCCUCUGCUCUGGUGUUGGCAGUGGCCUGUGUGCUCCUGAGAGCAGUUUCCACAGAGAGGGCGGUGACAUGUGACGACUCUCAGAACGUCCAUCGCCUGAGCUGUGAUCUGGGGGUGGUGGUGGUGCAGUCAGCUCUGUACGGUCGAGUUGACAAACUCAUCUGCAGUGAAGGGAGACCCGCGGAGCAGCUCACCAACACCCACUGCUCCCUGUCUGGUGUAAAGGAGCGCAUCCAGACCAGGUGUGAUGGGAAGAGUCAGUGUGAACUCAACACAGAUUUCUUCCGCUCGUCUGACCCGUGUGUGGGGACUUACAAAUACCUGGAGACAAACUACACCUGCUUCCCAGCAAAUCAAGUUGUGGCCUGUGAACACUCCCUGGCUUACCUCUACUGUGACGAUGGGCAGGUGAUCUCUGUGUAUGGAGCACACUAUGGACGGCAUGACUCUGUGACGUGUGCCUAUAAACGCCCCCAGUCUCAGAUCCAAAACACCGACUGCUACAACCCCACCGCCAAGGUGGCACAAAGCUGCAAUGGUAAAAGCAGCUGUGUGGUCAGAGCCAGUAACUCAGAGUUUGGAGAUCCAUGUGUGGGAACCUACAAGUAUCUGGAGGUGGCCUACAUCUGCCAGUGGCUGGCUGCCACAUGCCUGGACACAGCAACAGCGUCCUACGCUUUGUCCACCACCAAAGUGACCACGUGUGACACUCUGGGCUAUGUGCAUCGCCUCAGCUGUGGUGAGUCUGUCUCAGUACAGUACAAAAGCGAGCGUGGAGUGAUUGCUGUACAGGCUGCACUGUACGGACGCCUGGACAGAGAGACCUGCAGUGAGGGAUGGACCAAUAACCUGAAAGACAUCACCUGCUCCCAAAGCGGCACCAAAGCAGUCCUUCAGAACAGAUGUGAUGGGAAGACGACCUGUGAGGUAAUCACAAAUGCUUUCCGCUUCUCUGACCCGUGCUAUGGCACCUACAAAUAUCUGGAGAGCACCUACGCCUGUGUGCUGGAGGUCAGCAGCAGUGUGGUGUGUGAGCACUACAACACCAGACUUCAAUGUGGGCAGGGUCAGGUGAUCCAUGUGCUUUCGGCGUACUACGGUCGCACUGACCACUCCACCUGCUCUGAAGGACGUCCUCAGUCUCAGCUCCAAAAUAUCCAGUGCAAACUCUCCGUCAUCAGCAACGUGGCUCAAAUGUGCAAUGACAAAUCCAGCUGUUCGGUCGGAGCCAGUAACUCUGUGUUUGGAGACCCCUGUGUGGGGACCUACAAGUACCUGGAUGUCAAGUACAUCUGCCAGAGUGAGUGUUUGAGUCUAAUGCACCGACAGAACAACCAUUUAGUCCUCAGUCCGGCAGUCAGUGUGGUGUGUGAGCACUCCACCGCCCACCUCCGCUGUGGGCAGGGUCAGGUGAUCCAUGUGCUUUCGGCGUACUACGGUCGCACUGACCACUCCACCUGCUCUGAAGGACGUCCUGAGUCUCAGCUCCAAAAUAUCCAGUGCAAACUCUCCGUCGUCAUCAGCAAAGUGGCUCAAAUGUGUAAUGGCCACAGCAGCUGUUCGGUCAUAGCCAGUAACUCUGUGUUCGGAGACCCCUGUGUGGGGACCUACAAGUACCUGGAUGUCAAGUACAUCUGCCAGAAUGCAUCUGUUUGAGUCUGGGUCUCCAAUAGCCAGACUGCGGAAGUCUGUACUGAGGCGAUCUGGAUCGGCCCACGAGACUCUUAACCUGAUUUGAAUGUGUCAAAUAAAGUGCAUAAGCUACCGACAAUGUUC